AUGACGCUCAACACCUUCCUCGCCCAUCCAGGCCCACCAUCCCUGGCCGGUGCACCCUCCAGCGCCGAUUCCAGCACCCUCAGCGACCCAUCGCUCCACUACAGCCCGCACUCUGCAGCCACCGUAAUCGAGCGCCUGCGAACCAUCCGCAACUCCAUCAUCGGCUCCCGCACCAAAAAGUCGAGCCUGGUCAACACGGCAUCCAUGCACGACUUUGUCCACCUCCUCCGCAUCGACCUCGCAUCGUCGCCCCACGCGCUCGAAAUUGUCGCCCUCGCGUCCACCAUCGUCGCUUCCCUCUCCAACACACCCGCACCGCACACUCUCCUUCAGCUCCUCCGCGCAGGCAUACACGACGCCCUCAUCGACUCGCUAAAGGCGCUCGUGGACCACCUCGCAAACACGGGCCACCACUUCCUCGCCACCACCACGGCCGCCGCCGCCGCAACCACCGGCCCGCUGAAGCUCCUCGAGGCCGUCCUCAGGGCACUCCGCUCCAUCCUCCUCGCCAUCGCAGACGGCCUCUCGGCCAGCCCGCGCUGGGGCAUCGGCUCCGCCUGGGGCACCAGCUCCGUCUCCUCGGGUGUCGCCAUCCCCGCCGCACACCCAGGCCCAGGCGGUCUCAAGGUGGUCGGCAUCAGCAGCAGAGAGUCGCGCCUGCCCUCCGCCACCCAUCGUCCCCGCGAUGUCACCAUGGCCAGCGCCAGCUCCGAAGACCUCCGCGCGCAGCGCAAGCGGCUCAACAACAACACCGAGCUCGACCAGCUGCGCGAGCUCAGGAGCCUCUCUCGCUCCUUUCUCACCGCCGUCUACUCGCCUCAAAACCUGCCCUACCUCGUCGGCCCGCUCUUCAUCUCGCGCAUCCCCCUCCAGGGCCCCGCCAAGCUGCCGCGUCCUCAGAGCCCCGCCACUGCAUCCGCGGGCGGCCUUCGCGACGUCGCCAUGCACUCGCGCGCCUCGUCCUCGGUCGGAAUGUCGAGCCCAGCACUCGGCGCCACUGCCGAGCUACUCGAUGGCAAGGCCAGCGCCACUCUCACCGGCAACGGUGCCAUGGUCGAUGUCGACGAGCUGCCCCUUGCCACGCGCUCCAAGAUCCUCAGCAUCACCGAGAUGGUCUGCGCCACCAUCGCCGGGACCGUCUACAUACCCGGUCACUCUGGAGGGCGUGCCACUGCCUCUAGGCGAGCAGACUCGGCUCCGGCUGCCGCCGAGUCGCCGGACAGGGAGCUCGCCGAGCGACGCGAACGGCUGCUUGACUUUGCAGCCAGCGACAGCCCCUACCUGCACCCUUCGCAGCGGCCAGCGGGGCAGAGCUCAACGUCGGCCACGGACCUGCCCGGCAAUGGCGAUGGCGAGGCUCGAGGAAGAAGCCACCAGGACGCCGAUGUGCGCGGAUCCUCGGGCUUCCAGGCCGAGCUGAUCCGCAAGGGCUCGCGGUCGAGGUCUAGGAUCAAGGAAGCCACCCACGGCGGUAACGGCAGCAUCAGCGGCGAUGCUGGCCACCUGCCGCUGUGGGAGGAGGAGGAGGCGAGCCUCGAUCGCGCCGGGGCCGGCGCCGGCGACGACGAGGGCCCUGCCACGGUGCUUUCGGUGCUGCUGGCCGCCUCCGAGUGCGGCUUUUCCAAGGUCCAGGAGGCCGCGCUGUGGUGCCUGGCGGAGCUGACGCGCGAGAACGCCGACGCCUCGAUCCGGCUGUUCCGCUUUAGCACGCCCUCGGGCACCCUGCCGACGUCGAUGCUCCUCAACCUGCGCCGCGCCAUGAGCCCCGGCGUCCGGCUCGCUGCCUUUUGCUGCCUGGCCCACAUCAUCAAGGUGCACCCGUUUACGCCCAGGACGAAUCAGUGCGUCCUCGAGGUGCUGAUCGAGCUGCUCGACCAGAAGGCGGUCACCGCGUCGGGCGCCGCGUCGGGCGCCGCGUCGUCGUUGUCGUCAUUGUCGUCGACGGCGUCGCCGACGGCAUCGCUGCAGGCUCAGAGCCAGGUGCAGAUCCAGGUGCAGGCGGCCUUUGCCAUUGCCAGGCUGGUGGCCGACGAGCCGGAGCUGCAGACGCUGGCGGCAGACAACUACGACGCGCUCGGCAAGCUCACGGCGCUUCUGGAUCGGGCGUGCAGCCAGAGCGGCGAGGCAGAGUCGUCGAGCUCGUCUCCCGCGCUGCGGCCGUCUGGCGGCGGCUUUGCCAACCCGACCAUGGGGACCGCGCCGCCCGCCGUCGACGAAGGGCUGAUCCGGCUGCGCGAGGCGUGCCUGAGUGCCAUGGCCGCGCUCACGUUCCAGCAGGACGAGCUGCGCCGCCGCGCCGUCGACACGUGCACGCCGUCGGUCCUGUCGAUGCUGGUGCCCUGCCUCACGUUCCCGGCGCUCGGGGUGCGCGUGGCGGCGUGCCGGCUGACGCGCGCCCUGUCGCGCAGCAUCUCGAUCCUGCGCACGUCGCUCGUCGACGCCGGCAUCGCCGCCAAGCUGGUGGGCCUCAUCAACGACGAGGACGAGGACGAGGCGGUCAAGGUCGAGGCGACGGCGGCCAUCUGCAACCUCAUGACCGAUUUCAGUCCGAUGCGCAAGCUGGUCAUGGAGCAGGGCGGGCUGGACCGCCUCGUCGCCUUUGCCCACGGUCGGCUGCACGGACCGGCGACGUCGGUUGAGGCGACGAGCAGCCCAGAUUCGGGCGCGUGCGCGAGUGCGGAUGCGGCGUGCCAGGAUCUGCGGCUGAACGCGCUGUGGGCGCUCAAGAACAUGCUGUGGAAGUGCGAAAAGCUCGCCAAGGUCGAGGUGCUGGACAAGCUCGGGUGGGACUUUGUCGUGGCGCAGGCGCUCGACGGCGAGAUGGUGAUGCGGGAGCAGGCGCUCAACAUCCUGCGCAACGCGGCGGUGGGCACGUCGGACGACGUCGAGAUGGUCGUCUGCGGCGUCGGGGGCGGCGGCGGCGGCGACGGGGGCGAGAGGCUGAUGGACCUGCUGGAGAAGACGAUCUGGGAGUGCAAGGACGCGGGUGUUGAGGGCGCGUCGACGCUCGAGCAGACGGCGUGCCUGCUCGUCAACCUGGCCACGGGCAGCGACCGGCACAAGCGGCUGCUGCUGCGCAGGCCCAACCUGCUCGACGCCCUCGUCUUUUUCUCGAACCACCCGUGGAAGGAGAUCCGGUGCGCGUCGGCCAAGUGCAUCUCUAAUCUCCUCUUCCGACCCUCGAUGGCCGUCGGCGAGGGGAGCCGGAGCGACAACGGAGAAGAAGUGGUGGUGGAAGCGACGAACCGGCUGCGUUCAUUCGGCAUCGAGGAGCGCCUGCGCUCCCUCUGCACCGACGCGGAACUCGACGUGGCCGAAAAGGCGCGUGUCGCGCUCAAACGCUUUGAGCUCGCCCUCGCCUCUGCCUCUGCCGCCGCAUCUGCAUCUGCAUCUGCCGUCUCCGUCUCUGCACCCGGCGGCGGCGGUGUCUCGACGUCGUUUGGGUCCAUUUAG